AUGCCUCGAUCGGAAGAAGCUGAGUGGUGGGCGAAUGCCGUCUACUCGGCCAUCCAGGAAAUCCCUCGCGGCAAAGUCACUUCUUAUGGCCAUAUCGCCCUACUUCUGGGUGAACCUCAAAGACCACGCCAGGUUGGAGUGUGUCUCAAGUCUCUACCUUCAGCGGAUUCUGAUCUGCAUUUCAACGCGAGGACUGUACCUUGGCACCGCGUCAUUAAUUCCAAAGGAAUGAUUUCUCACCGAGGUCCUGGAAGUGCAGAACGCCAAGCAGAAGCUUUGCGCGAAGAAGGCGUUGCGGUGACCUCUGACAGCAUGAAUGAGCUACAUGUUGAUUUCUCAAGCUAUGGCUGGUUUCCAAAGCAGCUUCCAAGCGAGGAGAAUGAGGAAAAUGAAGAGUGA